GUCGGCACGCUGGAGGCGUAGCUUCCAUGGAGCCUCCCCUACGGCUUCGAGUCAACUUUUGAUCAAGGUUUGAAGUUCGCAAACGGGAAGUUUUCCUCACAAGUUUCGUGUAAAUAUCGCCUGUUUUUGUCAACGACUUUCAAAAUUCUGUGACACAACAAACGUCCGCGCGACCUGGCACUUUUAGUUUGUAUAUAACUAGUCGGCUAACUAACGUUACAAUUGUAGUUUUUGGACGAUUUGAUCAGACUCAAAUUUAGUCAACGUUAAAACUGUUAAAUAUAAUGAAAGAUAGCUGUACUAUGUUUCUGUAUUCCGAUUUAUCUGAGUUAGCUGUAUCUAACCAUGCCGGUAAGACCUAACUAUCUAGCUUCCAUCGUUCGUUAAAAGGUGAUGUACUUGUGUUCAAUGAAUUUCUAGACAUAGCCAGCUAGACGUUUGAGGUAAACUAUCUAGCCGAUCUAACAAACCUAAGUAAGUUCAAGAAAUCGUGGUGUUCUGUAGUUUGCCAUGCUUUACUUGUAAUUUUAAUACUACUGUUACAAGACGUGGUUAUUGCGAGCACUGCGAGAUUAAAUUAGUGGCACUGAAAAUUUGAGUUGACUCCUUCACUAGACGGAAGUCUGUUAGUGCACCAGCAAAGACACACAGUGAUUAUGGAUGAGAAGGACGUGAGCGAUCAGUAUCACGUGUUUGGUCAUCCAAAGACCCCCAAGCCGAUUGACAGCGACGUACGCGUCGAGCCUAACGCGCCGCUGCAGCCAGAAAACCCCGUGAGCACUCACUUGUAUAAGAGGAGAUGGCUCGUGGUGAUGCUUUUCAGUUCUUAUUCGCUCUGCAACUCCUAUCAGUGGAUCCAGUAUGGGAUCAUCAACAACAUUUUCAUGCGAUUCUACAACGUGACCUCGUUCACGGUAGACUGGUUGUCCAUGGUGUACAUGCUGAUGUACAUUCCGCUCAUCUUCCCCGUGACGUGGCUGCUGGACAAGAAAGGGCUGCGCGUGAUUGCGCUCGCGGCGACGGCUUUGAACUGCGCGGGCACGUGGAUCAAGGUGGCCAGCGUGAGACCGGACCUGUUCCCCGUGACGUUCUUGGGGCAGGCCACGAGCUCGGUGGCGCAGGUGUUCAUCCUCGGAAUGCCCUCGCGCAUCGCGUCGGUUUGGUUCGGGACAAAGGAAGUGUCCACCGCGUGCGCCAUCGGCGUGUUUGGAAAUCAGCUUGGGAUUGCCAUUGGUUUUCUGGUCCCACCAAUCCUGGUUCCAAAUGUGGAAGACAUGGACGAGCUGGCCAAUCACAUCAGAGUUAUGUUCUACAUCACGGCGGGCGUGUCCACGGUCCUCUUCAUCCUGGUGAUCACUGUAUUCCAGGAACAGCCAGAUAUCCCCCCGACCCAGGCUCAAGCUGCUGCUCGUCUGAUCCCGGCGGAAAGCUCCUCCUACAUGAAAUCCAUCCUUUGCCUCCUGCGUAACAGAGCCUUCGUCCUCCUCAUCCUCAGUUACGGGUUGAAUGUUGGCUCUUUCUACGCUGUCAGUACACUCCUCAACAGGAUGAUCAUUAUGUGCUACCCAGGUCAAGAGGUGGCUGCUGGGAGAAUCGGCCUCACCAUCGUUAUCGCCGGAAUGGUUGGCUCACUCAUCUGUGGAGUCUGGCUGGACAGAUCCAAAACAUACAAACAAACGACAUUGUUGGUGUAUGUGAUGUCCCUGGCGGGCAUGCUGAUAUAUGCCUUCACCCUGGACCGCGUCCAUUUGUGGCUGGUUUUCAUCACUGCUGGGACACUUGGGUUUUUCAUGACUGGUUAUCUGCCUCUGGGAUUUGAGUUUGCAGUGGAACUCACCUAUCCAGAAUCUGAAGGAACAUCCUCUGGCCUGCUAAACUGCUCUGCUCAGGUGUUUGGGAUCAUCUUCACCAUCUGCCAGGGGAAGAUCAUUGAUGAUUUCGGCACACUGGCUGGAAACCUUUUUCUCUGUGCCUUCCUCCUCCUCGGGACGAUUAUAACGGCACUUAUCAAAUCUGAUUUACGCAGGCAGAGGGCUAACCAGUUAGCCAACACAGCUGAAAAUGUGAAUGGAUCAGUUGCGAGUUCUCCCAUUGUGCCUGCGACCAAGCUGGCACACACAUACACAAACUGGACCCACACACAAACACAAACUGGACAUACACACAUAGGUGCUAAUGGAAUGCACACUUUUGCUCUCACACACUCAUAACCAUUCAACUUCUUGACAAUGUGAAUUUGUGUGUGUGUGUGUGUGUGUUGUGUGCACGUGUUGUUCAGGCAGUUUGCUAUAUCUCAGAUGCCUCUUUUAACAGUUUAACAAAUUAUCCAGCACAAAUCAUAUAUAAAUGCACAGUUUUAUCCUGUGUAACUACUGGAAAACAGGCUGAACUCCUGAAAAGCUUUGAUCCCGUGCAUGUGUGUUGUGUGCUGGGAUGGAGCUGAGAUGUGAAUCGUCUGGGAGGCUUUGAGGGUUUGGCUGGGAACAGACUCAAACCAAACCAUGUGUUUCACAGGUGCUGUGUCUCCAAAGACAAAGAAAUGUCUCCACUGAAACAUGAAAUGUUUACAGGCUUUGGUGACGCUCACCACCUACUCACUUGCCUUAAAUUAGUUUUCAGUGUUUUAAUCUGUGCUAUAUCUAGAGGAGGUCUACUGUAUAUAUCUUAUAUAAGAUACUGUAGGUGUUUAAUGUCGCCUGUCGGAAGACGUGCCAUUACACUUAAUGAACAGUUAGAUGUUUGUAGUCCCUUUUCUGACCUGUGGCCCAUGUGUCAAAGAGCCAGUGAGCCAGACAGGGGGUGCCGUUUCACCAGAGGCCAGCUUCUCAUGGACAUUUUCCCAGAAACCCAGAACCCAGAGAUCUCCUGUAUGAGGUAUGGACCAGACCUCCUUGGUCUGUGGGCACUUCCAUCAUGUCAGGGAGGUAUGCAGGCCAGCUUCUCAUUACCUUCCAGGUCAUGACCUUGCUGAUACCUACAUAUCAUGGAACAACACUAUGCAGAUGAGUAAGGUAUCUACAGAGUGCCUAAUCUGGAACUCAGGAAUUUGUUCUCCUAUAGUUGCACUGUUCUAAUUGUUGUGCUUCCCAUUUUGUAAAGAUCAUUAUCUUUGUUUGUUUGGUUUUCUCUUUUUUCUCUUUUUGUUUUUUAUGAAACAAAAAUCUCAGCCAAGUGGUUAUUUUGUCUGUCUUUCAGCAGUAUAUUAUACUAUAUACAGUACUAAAAUUUUGUUUUAUUUUUACAAUUGCAAGUGAGUUUUCAUUUCUAAAUUCACACACAUUUAGGACAGCAGCACAAUUAAUUUUUUUUUUUUUUCCGCUACUAUGAGUCAUAAGGAAAACGAUUAAAACACACGCAUGCUUUUUUGUUGUUGUUGUUGGUUUUUUAUUUAUUUUAUUUUUUUGCUCAAGUUACAAACAGGAAGAUAUCAGUCGCAGAGAAAAUGCUGGCAGUCUAGCCAUAAGUGCUGUCUGGGUUCUGGUCCAGAUCAUCAGUGUGUGGGAGCAGUGUACCAGUGUACCCAUGUUCCAGCCUGGCUCUGGGGGGUUGCCAGGGUCCAGGCUGUUUGUUGUGAGACUCACAUUUUCAACAGUUCUGAAGAAAAGUGUGGUAUGCCAGUACUCUUGGCCGAAUUUCCUGUGGUCUGAGAGUGUUGUCAGAGACGGUUGCAUUCACGAUUACCUUUUUUUCCCUGUCCAAUACUAAAGAUCAUUCCUUCUCCCCAAGUUGGCGCAGAUUUGAACUCGGAUAGGUCUCUCGUAAUGACUGGCUGUAAUUUAAGACUGUCUAUUAUAGUGAGUCACUAAUGCAGAACACUUUUGUUAUGUUUAGUGGAUGCCAUUUACAUCUAAAA